AUGGAAUCCGGCAGUGAACGGUGCUGUAUUCGAAGGCCUGAACGACGGGGAUUAUCGGUUAUUGAUGCUGAUCGCGUGGACAACACGACUAUCAAUGUGGAGGUAUUGAAUGGCACUUCUGAUAUACGAAUCACUUGGAAGAAUCCGAUUGAUCCCAAUGGACUAAUAGUAGCGUACAAAGUGAAGGUUAUCAACACUGCGAAGCAGUCGACUCCUGUCGACCAAUGCAUUCCUGUAUCAUCCGAAUGGAAUCCAGCAGUGAACGGUGCGGUAUUCGAAGGUCUGAACGACGGGGAUUAUCGAGUUGAGCUUCGUACAGUAUCUCUAGCUGGCAUCUCCCAACCUGCUUAUGCUGAGGAACUGUUCCAAGUCUAUACACCGGGAUUCUGGACUGUGAAGAAUAUACUGCUCAUGCUGUUCAUCUUUCUCCUUUUUGCCAUAAUAGUCGGUAUUGUUGGCUACUUCUUUGUGAAAAAAUACUAUUCACAAAAAGUGAAAGAGUAUGCUACUCAGCUUAUCUCUGCAAAUCCGGAAUACUUGUCGCAGGCUGAUGUCUACAAACCUGAUGAAUGGGAGUUAAAUAGAUCAGAUCUUACUCUGGAAUGUGAGAUAGGCAGGGGAACAUUUGGAAAGGUCUAUCGUGGUUAUGGUAACAAUGUCCUUUCGAAAUGUGGAGAUACCUUUGGUGUUUGUGCCAUCAAAACUGUAACAGAAUCGGCAAACUCUGCGGAACGCCUGCACUUCUUACUGGAGGCGAACGUAAUGAAAUCAUUCUCGGCUGAGGCGUUCAUAGUCAAGUUAUACGGAGUGGUUUCGGAUGGACAGCCCGUGCUGGUAGUGAUGGAAAUGAUGGAAAAGGGUAAUCUCCGGGACUAUUUGCGUUCGAGACGACCUGGCGCUGAAGAAAAUAUUGAAAAUCUGCCAGUACCCACUUCUGCUGAGUACUACGAAUGGGCAGCGCAAAUAGCUGAUGGCAUGGGCUAUUUGGAAUCAAUUCGCUUCUGUCAUAGAGAUCUGGCUGCAAGAAAUUGCAUGGUCGACGUCAAUAAUGUGGUAAAGAUCGGAGAUUUUGGCAUGGCUCGAGACAUUUACUAUCAUGAGUACUACAAACCAAAUGGAAAAAGGCUUAUGCCUGGAUUGGCGAACGAAGAAGUGCUGUCUUUCAUUGGCAUUUCUAGAAAGAUACUGGAUCGUCCAAUGGACUGCCCCGAUUUUUGGUUAGUUUCGGUAUCUUGUAAACGAGUACUUUCGCGCUUUUGGGCGGUCUUUUUCAUUCAUAUUUUAGUGUGUCCCUGCCAGCUUCCUUCAGGUACUACCGCUGCGCGCACGCUGUGCGGGCGUUUCCGUUGAGA